CAAAGCGGAACCUUUGUGAACGCGGGUAGCGGGGAAAGGAAGCUAGCGAAUGAAUCACUUGUAGCCAGCCAGUUUCUUUCAUAAUAAACAGUAGGACUAUAGCAGCGUAUUUUCUGAAAUAAAGUUUUUGAAAACCAUAUCUGCCAUUUAUAGGCGGACGAAGUAAUCGAAUAAACAGACGAUCUGUUUAAAUCGAGUAAGAAAUUCGGUAGCAAUGUCCGAGACUGGAAACGGCGUGGAGCUGCGGAAAGAGCAAGCAGUUGAACUUGAAGAAACCGGAGGAGUGGAGGAAAAGGAUGAUGUGUCAGAGGCAAGCAAGGAGGAGUCUUCUGAAGCCGGACAGGAUGCCCAAGAUGAGGACCCCUCUUCAUCUACAGCGCCAGCCUAUGAGGAGAAAGUGGCAUCAGACCGGACCAACAGAUUUGAGUACCUACUGAAGCAGACAGAGGUGUUUGCCCAUUUCAUCCAACCUGCGGCCCAGAAAACCCCCACCUCCCCGCUCAAGAUGAAGCCAGGGCGCCCUCGUGUCAAGAAGGACGAGAAACAGAAUCUCCUCUCGGUCGGAGAUAACCGUCAUCGUCGCACAGAGCAGGAAGAGGAUGAAGAGCUGCUGAGCGAAAGCAGCAAGACCACCAACGUCUGCACCCGCUUCGACGAAUCUCCCUCCUUUGUAAAAGGGGGUACAAUGAGAGACUACCAGGUCCGUGGUCUGAACUGGCUCAUCUCUCUGUACGAGAACGGAAUCAACGGGAUCCUUGCUGAUGAAAUGGGUUUGGGUAAGACCCUGCAGACGAUCUCUCUGCUGGGGUACAUGAAGCACUACAGGAGCAUCCCCGGGCCCCACAUGGUGCUGGUGCCCAAGUCCACCCUGUACAACUGGAUGAACGAGUUCAAACGUUGGGUCCCCUCCCUCAAAGCAGUCUGCCUCAUCGGAGACCGAGAGCAGAGGAAUGCCCUGAUCAGAGAUGUGCUGCUGCCAGGGGAGUGGGAUGUGUGUGUCACCUCUUACGAGAUGCUCAUCAUAGAGAAGGCCGUGUUCAAGAAGUUUAACUGGAGGUACCUAGUCAUCGACGAGGCCCACAGGAUCAAGAACGAAAAGUCAAAGCUGUCUGAGAUAGUGCGUGAAUUCAAGACCACCAACCGUCUGCUGCUAACCGGCACCCCGCUGCAGAACAACCUCCACGAGCUCUGGGCCCUGCUCAACUUCCUGCUGCCAGACGUCUUCAACUCCUCUGAGGACUUUGACUCUUGGUUUGACACCAACAAUUGUCUGGGGGAUCAGAAGUUGGUGGAACGUCUUCACACUGUACUGCGUCCUUUCCUGCUGCGUCGUAUCAAGAAUGAGGUGGAGAAGUCUCUGCUGCCUAAGAAAGAGAUCAAGAUGUACGUGGGGCUGAGUAAGAUGCAGAGAGAAUGGUACACCAAGAUCCUGAUGAAGGACAUAGACAUCCUGAACUCUGCAGGGAAGAUGGACAAGAUGCGCCUGCUCAACGUCUUGAUGCAGCUGAGGAAGUGCUGCAACCACCCGUACCUGUUUGACGGGGCCGAGCCCGGCCCGCCUUACACCACCGACCUGCACCUGGCCGUCAACAGCGGCAAGAUGGCCGUCCUUGACAAGCUGCUGCCCAAGAUGAAGGCUCAGGGCUCCCGUGUGCUGAUCUUCAGCCAGAUGACCAGGAUGCUGGACAUCUUGGAGGACUACUGCAUGUGGCGCAACUUCGGCUACUGUCGCCUGGACGGACAGACGCCCCACGAGGAGAGACAGAUCUCCAUCAACGCGUACAAUGAGGAGGACAGCCCUAAGUUCAUCUUCAUGUUGAGCACCAGGGCCGGAGGGCUGGGUAUUAACCUGGCCACAGCUGACGUGGUCAUCCUCUACGACUCAGACUGGAACCCUCAGGUCGACCUACAGGCCAUGGACCGAGCUCACAGGAUUGGUCAAAAGAAGCAGGUGCGCGUGUUCCGUUUCAUCACGGAAAACACAGUAGAGGAGAGGAUCGUGGAGCGGGCCGAGAUGAAGCUCCAACUGGACUCCAUUGUCAUCCAGCAAGGAAGGCUAGUGGAUCCCAACGCCAACAAGCUGGGGAAGGACGAGAUGCUGUCUAUCAUCCGGCACGGCGCCACGCACGUCUUCGCCUCCAAGGAGAGCGACAUCACCGACGAUGACAUCGACGAGAUCCUGGAGCGAGGCGAGAAGAAGACCAUGGAGUUGAAGGAGAAGAUGAACACCAUGGGCGAGAGCUCCCUGAGGAACUUCACCAUGGAGUCCGACAACAGUGUGUACACCUUCGAAGGAGAGGACUACAGGGAGAAGAAGAAGGUGGUCACCAACUGGAUCGAGCCACCCAAGAGAGAGAGGAAGGCCAACUACGCAGUGGAUGCCUACUUCAGAGAGGCCCUGCGUGUCAGCGAGCCCAAAGCACCCAAGGCUCCUCGUCCACCUAAGCAGCCCAAUGUGCAGGACUUCCAGUUCUUCCCCCCAAGGCUGUUUGAACUGCUGGAGAAAGAGAUCUUAUUCUACAGGAAGACUAUCGGCUACAAGGUUCCUCGUAACCCAGAACUGCCCAACUCUGCUCAGCACCAGAAGGAGGAGCAGGCCAAGAUUGACGAGGCCGAGGGCCUAUCAGAGGAGGAGCUGGAGGAGAAGGAGAACCUCCUCUCGCAGGGCUUCACCAUCUGGAAUAAGCGUGACUUUAACCAGUUCAUCAAAGCCAAUGAGAAGUGGGGGAGAGAUGACAUCGAGAACAUCGCCAGAGAGGUGGAGGGCAAAACCCCAGAGGAAGUCAUUGAAUAUUCCGCUGUGUUCUGGGAGCGCUGCAACGAGCUGCAGGACAUUGAGAAGAUCAUGGCUCAGAUCGAGAGGGGAGAGGCCCGCAUCCAGAGGAGGAUCAGCAUCAAGAAAGCACUGGACACAAAGAUUGGUCGCUACAAGGCGCCGUUCCACCAGUUGAGGAUCUCGUACGGCACCAACAAGGGGAAGAACUACACGGAGGAGGAGGACCGCUUCCUCAUUUGCAUGCUGCACAAGUUGGGCUUCGAAAAGGAGUCGGUCUACGACGAGCUGCGCCAGUGCAUCCGCAACUCGCCCCAGUUUCGCUUCGACUGGUUCCUCAAGUCCAGGACCGCCAUGGAGCUCCAGAGGCGAUGCAACACCCUGAUCACCCUGAUUGAACGAGAGAACAUGGAGCUGGAGGAGCGGGAGAAGGCAGAGAAGAAGAAGAAAGGACCACGGAGUCAGUCUUCUGCUCAGAAGCGUAAGGGAGAAGGGACCCCAGACCCGCGAGGAGGCCGCAGGAAAAAGCUAAAGCUGUGAGGCGGUGGUGGUCAGAAUGAGGGCAGCGGCAGACAGCAGUAUAGUAGUCGUAGCGUCUGUUUGUUUUGUACGGGUUACCGUGGUGAUACAUGAUGAUGAUUUACUGUAUAAAACCCAAGAGGACUGAACUUUUCUUCACUAUAGCGUGUCGUUCUAUCUAGAAGAUUCCAGGAGGGAACCUAGGUUCUUAGUGUCGAUUUAAGGCAGCCCCCCGCACCUCUCUGAUUCAGAGGGGGUGGGUUAAAUGCGGAAGACACAUUUCAGUUAUACAACUGACUAGGUAUCCCCCUCUCCCUAUUGUAUUCCUUCUAUUCACAGGCCUGCUAGUAGGGACUAGCUGACAUACUGCAGCUGCGCUGAUUUAGUUGAAUAUUCUUUUUGUUGUUUUAGUUUUCUACCCUUUUUUACUAGUACUUGAGGUGACGAGAAAUGUAUUUAUGCCUGUUGGUUAUGUUAUCACAUUCCAUUGUUGUACCGAUACCUGUAUGUACCGAUACCUGUAUGUAUCCCCCCUCCCACUCUGUUAUGUUACCGACCUACAUUGUAGAAAAUGUAUUUUUGGAACGUGUCACUAAUAAAUUUCCCCUUUUUUAAA